AUCAAAAAUUCAAAAUCGUACGAGUACUUCAUAAAGACAUAAACUAUUAAUCUCCCAUUAGCGUUGUAUUGCUGCCUUAAUCACGAAGAAAAGGAAAAAGUUGGGUUCUUUCUUCGGCUUUCAUUAUUGUUUUUUCAUAGAUCUGCAAUUUUCGCCCAAAUUUUCAUUAAAAAAAUGGGAGUUUUUUCGAAUAAAAUUUCAAAGGAUACCCUGAAACAAGGAGAUCACAUCUAUUCUUGGAGAAACGCCUAUCUUUACUCUCAUCAUGGCAUAUAUGCUGGCGAUGGAAAGGUGAUCCACUUUACAAGAGGACCAGGCCAGGAAAUAGGCACGGGAACUUUUCUAGACAAUGUCGUCUUCAGCUCAUCACCUUCCUCUGACCGCACAAAAGAUCCAUGUCCUGUAUGUGGUGACCAAUCAAACCUAAGUGGUGUCAUUUCAUCCUGCCUUGACUGUUUCCUCUGGGAUGGAGAACUUUACCUGUUUGAAUACAAGGUAUCUCCUGCUUUCUUCUUAGCAAAAGCACGUGGUGGAACCUGUACAAUGGCCCCCUCAGACACACCAGAAGAUGUUGUUUCCCGUGCUUCUUUUCUCCUAGAAAAUGGGUUUGGUAGUUACAACAUCUUCAAGAACAACUGUGAGGAUUUUGCCAUUUAUUGCAAGACGGGUUUGCUUGUGAUAACAGACAUCAGUGUGGGGCGAAGUGGACAAGCCACAGCUUUCGUAGCUGCAGUGAGUGCCGUUGUCUCUUCCCCACUAAGAUUCUUGACCACCAGUUGUGGUGGGUUGGCAGCUGUGGGGUGUGGUAUGUAUUGUGUUAGCAGGUUGGUGUCUGACAUUGGAAUGAGGCGAGAUGUCAUGAAGGUCCCUGUCCAGAGGCUUGUUAUGCGCUGUGAUUUAGACCAGGCAGCUGAGACUGAAACUGCUAAACUAGGGCAUGUUAGCAGUUGUAAAGUAGAUCAGCCAAGUGAAACUGAAACUGGUAAACUAGGGCAUGUUAGCAGUUGUGAAGUCGAUCAGCCCAGUGAAACUGAAACUGCUAAACUAGGGCAUGUUAGCAGUUGUGAAGUAGAUCAGCCAAGUGACACUGCAACUUCUAAACAAGACUAGUAGUAUUUGGCUGUCUUCAUCAAGGCCAGAUUGUUGAUGCUUUCAUAUCCUCUGGCGAAUUUUAGGUUAUUAUCCGUGUUUCUGGUGUGGUAUUAUCUUAUUGAUCGUAUUUAUCAUAAAAUUCUAUGAUUUGUGGAAAUGUAAUAUCUGAAGUCACUUGUGCUCGUUGGAAGUUGGCGAUUUGAACUUUGGGGAAAUGGAAAUUGAUGUAAAUACUUGUGUACAAGAAAAAAAAUUCUCUGCACAAGUUAUUUUCUUGGAUGUCAUCCGAUUUUAUUCGGAAUACUAACCAUAUUGCUUUAAGAUAUUCUCUCUAGAAUGAGGAUUUAGCUUAGUGAUUGAAAUUGAAA